AUGUCCCCUCGUUUGGGCCAUACAAAGGGUCGCUUAAGGGUCCUCCCGAGGUCAAGAAUUCGACGAGUCAAGUGCGGAGAAGAAAAGCCAAGCUGCGUUCGAUGUACUAGCACAGGUCGCAAAUGUGACUUUGAAGAGUCACAGUCUUCCACAAUCUCGGCAGUCGCCAGCCCCUUAUCAUUGUCACCAAACACCAAUACGGUGUGGCGAGAGCGCCGGGCGUUUGCCUACUAUUUCGAAUGUGCCGCCUCCUCCAUUGGUGGAGAAUUGGAUGUUGAAUUUUGGCGCACUAUCGUCCCACAGGUUUGCCGCCAUGAGCCUGCUGUGUGGGAUGCGAUCAUCACCAUUAGUGCGUUAUUCGAGUGUCCAAAACAAUGCCGGGACCUUCUGCCACAACGUCAUGAUAAUACUCUCAUUCUCACUCAAAAUCAUCAAGAUGUCUUAGCCUGGUACUCUCGCUCGGUAUCUGCUGUUCGCCAGCGCAUUGAGCAGGGUAGCGUCGACGUCUUUGUCGGACUGAUAAGCUGUGUGCUUUUCAUCUGCAUCGAGGCCAUUCAGGGAAACGCAGAUGGGGCAUUGCAGCUUUACCGCCAAGGUGUGCAGCUGAUUAUUGCUUUGCGUCCCCAAAUGGCAUCUCAGGCUGCGGGUAAAGCUUCCUUGUUGGAGGAUACAAUUAUUCCGAUCUUCGUCCGUCUGGGCGCAUUUGCUCUCUCUAUCGGUGGGGCUCCAGUAACUGCUUUACUGCGAGACACUGAAAAUGCCUUGAUGCCACAGUUUGACUCGCUCAAGUCUGCUCGGGAGGCGAUCGUGCUCUUAGCUACAGAGAUCCCGCUCUUUGAAAGCACUUGCACUAAGCACUUGCUGGAGACCAAUGCGUCCCAUGUGCCCGAAGAAUUCAAUACCAGACUAUCUAGUCUGGCGGCCCGACUGAGGAACUGGCAUAGUGCCUUCGAUAAGCUCAUGACAGUUCUUCGCGCCAAAGGCAUCUUAUCACAGCAACAAAUCGGUACCGGUGGCCUUUUGUUGAGCUAUCAUGAAAUGCUCUACGUCAUGCUGGAGACUUGCACAUCCUUGUCAUUGGUACAAUUCGAUGCUUAUCUUCCAAACUUCCAAAAUAUCGUUGAACAAUGUGCCAAUGCUCAUAAAGCCUCGGUUCGACCAGACGGCACCCAACCUCCAUUCACAUUUGAGCUCAAUGUUGGUCUUCCGCUUUGGUUUACCAGCCUCCGAUGCCGUGAACCGCGUACCCGACGCGCGGCAUUUGCUCUACUCCACCAAGCGCCCUCGGUGCAAGGAUUCUAUCAGUGUUCAAUUUGGGCGGCAGUGGGCCGAACGAUCAUGGAGCUGGAAGAAUCACGUGCAAUGGAAAUGAACGCAGCUCAUUAUACAUUCAAUCUUGGUGCGCUGGAGCCAACUGGCAGACCAAGUCCUGGCUCCGAACUUGCCCCAAUCUCAUAUCUCGCUCAUGCAGAUACAAGACCUAGAAUACCAGCAGCACUGUUUAUCCCAGAGGAGGUGCGAAUUGGACCCAUUACUGCUUUUCGGCCAAUGGAUGGCUUUCCUCCUGGAACCACAGAAGCAGACGUCGCGAAGUGGAAUCGGGGUCUUGAUCAACCCUUUCUGCGCUUUUCACGGAACGAGCGCGGUCUGACUGGCGGUUCUUGUCAGAUGGUGUACGAAUACGUUCCCCUUGACUUUUGA